AAUAAAAAUAAAAAUAAAAAUAAAUCUUACAGGACAAGAAAAACAAAUAAAGGAAGGAGGAGGAAGAAUUACUUACACAGAUCGAAGAAGAAGAAGAAGAAGAAGAAGAAGAAGAAAAUUACAGAUCUUAAUCAAAUGUCUGCGAAGGGAUGUGAGCUGUGCGGUAAUCCAGCGAGAAUGUUCUGCGAGUCCGAUCAAGCCAGCCUCUGCUGGGAUUGCGAUGAGAAGGUUCACGCCGCUAAUUUUCUGGUGGCCAAACACAGCCGCACCCUCCUCUGCCACGUAUGCCACCGCCUCACGCCGUGGAAGGCCGCCGGACUUAAGAUCGGCCACACCGUCUCCGUCUGCCACUCCUGCGCCCACGACGCCGAGAAUCGCGGCGGCGGUGGUGAUUCUCAGGAGAGCGAAAGCGACGGCGGAGAGUACUACAGCGACACAGAGGAUGAUUUUAGUGAGGCGGAGGAGGAGGAGGAGGAGGAGGAUGGAGAGAAUCAAGUAGUGCCGAUGUCGGCCUCCCGCUGCGAUUCGCCGCCGCCCGCCGUCGCCGCCGCGGCGAGCUCUUCCACCAGUGAAGAAAAUGUCUCAUAUUCCUCUUCAAAGAGGACCCGCGACGAAACUUACGACUCCCAGGAUGAGGAUGGUUGCUGUUCGUCGGGCUCGAAAUUAUUAAACGCGUCGGGAUCAAGUUUACAAGAAUCCGACGAGAAUUACACCUCUUCAUCACUCAGACCACUGAAAAUGCGGCGGAGGAGCGACGGCAGUCCAAUGAAUCCGGCGGCGGAUACGGCAGGGUCGUUAGGGACAAGCGCCAUUGUAGAGAAACUGAAAAGAUUCCAGCAACAAAUUGCAACUGGAGAGGGAAACACAUCUGCAACGAUAUUAGGUCUUUGCAAAUUAGCAAGAGAUUAAUUCCUUUGAUUCUUGCAACAUUUCUGUUUAAAUCCCUCCAUUACUAAUAUUCCCCACCCAGAUUUCACUAUACUGUUAGGUUUUUUUUUUUUUUUUUUCAAUUAAUUAACCGAGAUACAAUUUUUUUUUUAUUUAAAUUUUAAUUUUUCAAUAUUAUAUUUUGGUAUGCUCAUGUGGCUGGAUUUGGAUUCUUAACUAUAUUUAUUUUUUUAUUGGUUCCAAUUUCAUAUGAUCA